AUGGUUGUGAAGCCUGCUGAGCAAACACCCCUCUCAGCUCUAUACUAUGCCCAUUUGGAUAAGCUUGUAAGCUUGCAAAUCCCAUGUUGUUUUGAAUUCUUCUCCCUUAUGUAUCAAAUGGGACCAACUCUCGGCCCAGAACUAUGGAAAGCGGGCAAACUGAUUCCUUCUCUUUUGUAUUUUUCGAUUCAGGCUGGUGUCCCUGAUGGAGUGAUCAAUGUUAUAACGGGCUAUGGACCAACAGCUGGUGCAGCCAUUAGCUCUCAUAUGGACAUCGACAAAGUUAGUUUUACAGGGUCCACGGAGGUAGGACGUCUAGUGAUGCAGGCUGCAGCCAAAAGCAAUUUGAAACCUGUCUCACUUGAACUUGGAGGCAAGAACCCCCUCAUAGUCUUCGAUGAUGCAGACAUUGAAACAGCCGCCAAUCUGGGAGAAAUUUGUGUGGCGAGUUCUCGUAUAUUUGUUCAGGAAGGGAUUUACGAUGAUUUUGCAAAGAAAUUGGCAGAGAAAACAAAAAAUUGGGUUGUUGGGGACCCUUUUGAUCCUUCUGCUAGUCAAGGACCCCAAGUCGACAAGAAACAGUACGAUAAAAUACUGUCAUACAUUGAUCAUGGCAAGAGAGGCGGCGCUAUAUUGUUAAGUGGUGGAAAGGCCAUGGGCGAUAAGGGAUACUAUAUCGAGCCAACAAUUUUUGGUGAUUUGAAGGAUGAUAUGACUAUUGCCAAGGAUGAAAAUUUGGGCCUUGUUGAUGAGGCUAUUAAGAGAGCCAAUGCCACAAGGUAUGGUCUAGCAGCAGGCAUUGUGACCAAUGAUUUGAAUGUGGCCAACACAGUUUCAAGAUCAAUUCGAGCUGGAGUCAUUUGGAUCAAUUGCUACAUUGCCUCUGAUCAGGAUUGCCCUUAUGGAGGGUACAAAAUGAGUGGGUUUGGGAGAGAUUUAGGACUUGAAGCCAUUGACCAGUAUCUUCAAGUUAAAGCUGUUGUCACUCCCAUAUACAAUUCUUCUUGGCUGUGAGUUAAAUCAAAACCAACGGGUCUUUGGUUCAAUGAUAUUCCUUACCUUGUAAAAGUUUUGUAUUUUUGAGGUCAAAUGUUCAAGUCUCCCCUCCCCUCCCCAAAAAAAAAAAUUAAAUCAAGGGUUCAGAUGUUAAGGUGAAAUUAGUGGGGGUGGGGGACACUUGUUGGGCGAUGGAAGAGGAUGUGGUUUG